CUCUCUGGAAAAAAUCACUUUCCAAUCUCUCCAGUAUUAUAUCAAUGUGGUCUAUGUAGCAGAACUGGAUAUGCUACUUCCCUCUCACAGGGAAAAUCACUUAGAUCGGAUAAUUUAAAAAAAGUUAAGUUAGCUUGUAUCUUUAUGUGUAAACUCCCGUCCAACAACGUAAAACAUUAAAGUCCAUUCCCGUCUCAGCCAACAGGGGGAUGGAAAGGGGGAUGGGGAAGGGAACUUCAGAAGAAGGAGAGAAUAACGGGCUGUUUGGGUGUGGGAGGAGUGGACAUGAAACAGACUCAGAAACACUCGGAAUAUUCUCAAUCUAAUUCUAAGACUACGUUUCGCAACCCCAGAAGAUGUAGGACAUUCAGUUAGGCUUGGGGAAAAAGCUUUCUUCACUAAUAUAAGACGCCUGCUUCUAAGUCGACUUCCUCAAGCUGAUCCAUUAGAACUCAGGUGGCAGUGGAGAUUCAGAGCACACACACUUUCAUCCAUACACACUGUCUUACACACACAUACUUGCUGAAAGGAACAUCCACUCUCCCUCUAAUCAGUUGUGGGCAGAACACCAGGAACAAAAACACAGAUUUUCCUACAAACACACUCACUCAUACAUACUUUUUUACAAAACAUACACACACACACACACACACACACACACACACAUCACACAUCACACACUGACAUGGCAAGUGUUUGUCCAUAUGGUCCCUUUACCCAUGCCAUUGUCAGAGGAAUCCCAGAAUCCUUUGGGAAGCUGGCAGAGGGUGGUGAGGCUGUAGAAACAGAUGUGGCCAGGGCUCAGCGCCAGUUUGGGGUGCUGAUGGGGGCGCUGCGGCAGAAGGUGGGGCUUCAGCUGAUGGAGAUACCAACAGACGCCGAGUUUCCUGAGAGCUGGAGGAUAGAGGACAUUGCAGUCAUCCAGGGAGACACGGCCCUCAUCACAUGCCCCUACAAACAGCAGAGACGUGCAGAGGCAGAGGCAGUGAGGGAGGUCCUUUAUGAGCUGAACAUGAACGUGGUAGAGAUGGGAGAGGAGGAGGGGGGCUCUGGAGGUGCGACCCUGGAGGGCAGUGACGUGCUCUUCACAGGGAAAGAAUUCUUUGUGGGGAUCUCCAAGCACACCAACCAUCACGGAGCCGAAGUGCUCGCCAACACCUUCAGGGACUUUGCCGUUUCCACGGUACCUGUGUGCGGGGGUUCUCGUCUGAAGAACAUUUGCUCCAUGGGAGGUCCUGAAACCAUCAUCUUCAGUAACAGCGAGGGAGCCAAAAAGACCUUACGGAUGAUGGAACAGCUGACGGAUUAUAACUAUGACAUGCUGUCUGUGCCGGAGUCUGUGGCAGCUAACUGCGUGUAUGUGCGCAGCCCAGCCAAAGUGGACUUCCUGCUGCAUCCCACUGUAGAUGAGUGUCCCAACAGCAUAGCCGCCUUUCAGAAGUUGCCUGACUACACUCUCCUCCCCACCGCCUGCAGUGAGGCCUCCAAGCUAGGAGGGAUGCUGUCUUCUUUCUGCCUGCUUAUUAACCGGAAGUUCAACUACUAAACCUAUAACUCAUAUCUGUAUGAGUUAGUUGUAUUGGUGUGGCUAAUUUAGUGUUCCAUCAGUCUCUUACAACUGUGUGAUCAGUGACCUGUUCUAUUACUUCAAUGUAUUUAAAACUAAUCAUUAGUUUAUGAUACAUUCAUGUAAACACCUAGGAAACAUGCAGUGAAAUAUAGAAAAUAUUUUAUACAGAUUUAAGACAUUUAUGUAACUAUGUGCAUGAGUUCUCAGUUAACGAGCAGUUAUUACAUUUAAUUAGUUGCUUGUACACUGGUAAGUUGUUUUGUACCCUGCGAGUAUGCUGUUUGUUGAUGUACCAGCAUAUCUUUGCAUAAGAAUAUUUUAUAUAAUAGGGUUGUGGUUAAAAAAAUGGUGAUGGUUCAGUGGUGGCAUCAUCACAACCUUGGAGGACACCUUCACUGAUACCUGAAAGAUUUGUGACCAAGCCCUUGUUGAUGUCACAACCUCUGUAGAAAAAGAAAGACAUUUCAUAAAUAAACAGACCACUGCAUAACUUCUCAAACUGGUAAUGUUAAUAUUGCAAGUUUUAAUAUGAAUGUACAUCACUCCAUUCCGUAAAAUUCUGUAGAAUGGAGUUGAACGGACUGUAUGAGAACACAAGAGAGCACACCAAUAGAUGUAUAAGAGCCUAGCAAAGGUUUCAUUCUCAGGUUCUUUUAUAAUCUCAAGAUUAAGAAAUGCAAAAUCCAAAGAACAGGUGAUCCAACAAGUUUCUUAGCCAACAGUUAAGAAAGAGUGGCUGCAUCGUGUCAAAUGUAGUUGAGAAAUCCAUAUUAAAUUCUAGCAUUUGUUUUAAUGUAUCUCAAGGUAUUUAUGAGGUGAGGUGGGAGGUACACACCCUGGAAGAGAUUGAAGUACUUUUUCUAUUCCAUUUCAUUGCCAGGGUUGUACAAGUUAAAGGUGGAAAGUCAUCAAAGGACUUUGGAAGGUUAUUUCAGGCAGGAAGGCAGACAGUUUGUGUUUGUUGAGGGUUAGGGUGAGAAGGGCAAAGUCCCCUGAAAAUCUGGCAGUACCACCUCUGUAUAGAAGCAGACAGGAAUAAGUAGAAAUAGGACACCAUAGGGGGUAUGCUCUGCAAUUUAUAUCUGUGGAGGGUUAUGUUUAAAUGAAAUAUAACAAUAAUCAAAAAUCCAGUCUAGAAUAUUCUUACUGGUUUGCAUACCCACAGAGCAGAUGAGUGUGUAAUCUAGGACAACAUAGGUUUAUAGAUAUAAAAAAAAAACAGUAAAAUAGGUUUCUCACAUGUAGCUAAAACCACCCCCCAAAACAUCCAUUUCCAUUGUGUAGUGUGAAUGUAGCCACUGAAUUUGCAGAGCAGCUUCUAGAUAACAUAGGCAAUCUGAUCAACCCUUGUCCACAAAACAUUCAACAUUUUACAUGAACUGCACAAGCUUGGAAGGAUGUUUUAUUUAAAUAGUAUUUCAAACAAGCCUAAUGUGGAACUUGGCCAAAACUGUAUAGGCUUACUGUUACCUUUAACCCCAGCUGGGCUCUAAUGCUGUGGAUUUUGCAGACACGGCAUUAGCUGUAUACAGUGUGCUGUUUGUAAUCGGGGAUAAUGAACACUUAGCUGCGAAACACUUUACACACUAGUGUAAAUUUUAAGGGUGUGUUCAGUGAACUGCAGUAACAGAGCAGUCUGGAGUGUGAAUGCUUCCUUUCAACCUCUAGUGAGGUUCGUUUUAAGUAUGAAUUCAAUAUGAAAAGAACCAAACAGGACAUGAUGUCACAAAAGAUGAUACUAAACACGCAGAAUGGUGCUUUGAAAGCAAAAAGUUUUGUACAGGCAUCAGAAAUGUGUCAUCUCUUUGCAGUGCACCUUCUUUGAUAUGUGCAGCAGAGGAAUUCGAGUCUGAUUUAGAGUCCUUUAUCCAUUUUACCACCUCUUGCAGUGUUUCCAGAUGGUAAUACCACCAGAUAUAGACAGAGACAUAAGUGCAUUAAGACCAUAGAUUCUAUCAAACACUUUUCAUAUGUCUAUUUUUUUAUUAUUAUUUGUUUCAAUUGUGAAUGCUAACAAACCAGGACUAAAAUUUAACAAAUGUAUAAUUUUGUUAAGUCCGCACCAAGGAAUCCGAACUACAAAUAUGAACACACCCUAAUCCACCACUGCCAACACCACUACUGUAUUCUGAAAUCACUUAACUGACUGUACCUGUGCCCAUUGCAUCAACUUGUACUGGCCUCUUUCACGAGCAACAUUGGUCAGAACAAUGUUACCUGGAUGAUUUUAAUACAAAGGCUACUGGAAAUAUGGGCCAAUAUCAUAUACCAAAGUUACCAUCAGUUAAUUACCUCCCAAGUACAAAAAAAACUUAA